AUGAGCGUGAUGGAACCUUUGCUGGAACCACCCAUCGCUGAAGUUUGCGACGGUCCCACCUCGGUUCCAACUGCUGCCCCCACCGCGGCGUUCCGAGCGCGUACGCAAAUGCAUCGUAACUACACUCGUGAUCCAUGUCGUUUUGAAACGAAAAUAUCUAUGAACGAAGAAGGUGGAUAUCUCGGUGCCAUGACCUACCAAUGCUUAUACAGCGGAAUUUUGGACAAGCUUCGAUCUUCAAAAAGAGACGACGACCGAGCCUUAGCUGCUAUUCAUCGUCUUCGAUCGGCAAUGAAAACCUCAGAUAGCGCAUCUCCAUCGUUUCUGUUCGACUUCACAAAAAUUUUGCUAGCGGAGUCUGAGCUCAAUAUCAAUCUUCAGGAAGCCUACCUCAGGAUGCACGAUACCUCACCCACUGAUGACCUAGUGGUGCAGGGUUAUGAACACGUUCCUGAGUAUAAAGAGCUGACAAAACGAGCCAUCGAACUACGACGGGUAUUAUCUCGAGUCCCCGACGAGAUGGCCGAUCGUCACCAAUUUUUGGAAACUAUAAAACUUAUUGCAUCAUCUAUUAAAAAGUUGUUGGAAGCUAUUAAUGCCGUCCACCAAAUUGUGCCGCUCUCUGCACAACAAGCUGUCGAGAAGAGGAAACGAGAAUUCGUUCACUACUCAAAGAGAUUUAGUAACACUUUGAAGACGUACUUUAAAGAUCAAAAUGCUGUGCAGGUUUCCGUGUCCGCCAAUCAGCUAGUGUUUCAAACGUCGUUAAUCGUCAAGACCGUGAAUGAGAAAUUAAGGAGAUAA